AAUUCAUUCAACAAACUCUGGCUUUGAAGAAUUGUUGACCAAGCUCCCUGCAGCCCAGCCACCCAUCCAUCUAUGCCUUCUCUUUAUAUAACAAAUCUAAUAAACUAAAUCAAAACUGUAUGUUUACCCUCUCAAAAGCCACUAAUUAAACCCUUAACCCAAAGCUACAUACCCACAUGUAACUCAAAACCAUCCUUAAUUUUCUCUUCCCCUUGGCUGCUGGAAACCAAAUCUCUCCAAUGCUUAGACUCCUCACACUUGAACUACUCCUUGCCUUUCUCGUCCUAAUUUUCUCUCACCCUUUAACUAAUAAUGCUGCCACAGCCACCGCCAUUACUCAACAAUUCAAAGAAGCUCCACAGUUCUAUAACUCCCCAGAUUGUCCUUCAUUUGAUCAAGAUGAGAUUGAUUCAGAAUCAGACGGUGAUAGCACCAUCUUUUGCUCCGAUAAAGCAGUCCACGUUGCAAUGACUCUUGAUGCAGCAUAUAUACGAGGCUCCAUGGCAGCAGUUCUCUCUGUUCUUCAACACUCUUCUUGUCCCCAAAAUAUUGCUUUCCAUUUCGUAGCUUCCGCCUCUGCCAACUCCUCUCUCCUACGCAACACCAUCUCCUCCUCCUUCCCUUAUCUCAAAUUCCGAGUUUACACAUUCGAUGACGCGUCCGUGUCAAGACUCAUCUCCACGUCUAUCCGUUCUGCUCUAGAUUGCCCGCUAAAUUAUGCUCGAAGCUACUUGGCCAAUAUCCUCCCUAUAUGCGUUCGCCGAGUCGUCUACCUUGACUCAGACCUCGUCCUCGUCGAUGACAUUGCCAAGCUCGCCGCUACUCCACUGGGUGAAAAGUCUAUUCUUGCAGCUCCUGAGUAUUGCAAUGCGAAUUUCACUUCUUAUUUCACACCAACUUUCUGGUCUAACCCUUCUCUAUCGCUCACAUUUGCGGAUAGAAAAGCUUGUUACUUUAAUACUGGAGUUAUGGUCAUCGAUCUCAAUCGAUGGAGGGCAGGGGACUACACUACCAAGAUUGAGGAGUGGAUGGAACUGCAGAAGAGAAUGAGAAUAUACGAACUGGGUUCGUUGCCGCCAUUCUUGUUGGUUUUUGCAGGGAAUAUUGUGCCUGUUGAUCACCGUUGGAACCAGCACGGGCUCGGUGGUGAUAAUUUUAGAGGUCUCUGCAGGGAUUUACAUCCGGGUCCGGUUAGUCUCUUGCACUGGAGCGGUAAAGGGAAGCCAUGGGCUAGACUCGACGCUAAUCGACCAUGUCCUUUGGAUGCUCUGUGGGCUCCAUACGAUCUCUUGCAGACUCCAUUUGCGUUGGAUUCUUGAAGACGAAGGAACCUUCGCUCGAGUACAUAAAUAUAAAAAAGCAUAUAUAUAUAUAUGUGCUCUUGCUGGAACCUGCUGAUAGGAAUAACACAGAGAGAGGCAGGGAUCUGAAAGAGAUCAAGAUCAUAUACAGAUAUGUUACAGUUUCGAAGUUUAAUUAGGUAUGUUGGUAGUGUAGAUGAUUAUACAGGUGUUCAUAUACAUCUAUCAAGAAUUCAUUUUUCUGUUAAAAUCAUCAUCACUGGUAUGGUAGAGAUCAGAAGAAAGAAGUUUACUACUUAUCAAAUAAGGAAGAAGCCAGAAACGGGAAGGGGAUUCAUGAACUUCCGCCAUAUUUGGUUAAUUAAUUGUAUCAAAAAGAACUGUUUUAGGUGGUCUCAUGAAUCAUUAUUUUGUUUAAUAAUAAUAAUAAGCAUCUAAAUAUUCUCUGAA